AUGAAAAUAUCUUUUGGGAAUAUCACUCUCAAGGUCAAUAAUUUUCAUGUUACAAAGCAACCACAUGAUGAUGAUGAGUGUUAUCAGACAUUUCUGAUUGACACGUUCAUUCCUGAGGAGAUUCAAUUGCAAAGCAAUUCUGAUGAUCUUGAUGAACUCCUCUCUUUUUCUGAAAGUUCGGAUUUUGAUGAGUCGAUUAAUGAAAUUUCCUAUUACAAAGACUCACAAAAUGGAAGAACAAAGUGUUGGCAAUCUCGCUUUGAAGAGCUACCUAGUGAAAGGGAAAAGUCAAAACCUUUUGUUGAAGAGGUUCCCAUUGUUAAGUUAUCCCAAUUACCUGAGGGUUUAAAACAUGUCUUCUUGGGAGAUGGUGAUACCUUUCCUGUUAUCAUUUCAUCCAAACAUGAUCCUUCACAAGAAAUUAAGCUACUGCAAAAUCUUAAAUCUACAUUAGGUUGGAUGAUCGCUGAUAUUAAAGGUAUUAUCCCUUUAAUUUGCUCCCAUCGAAUCAAUCUGGAGGACGGGGCAAUCCCUCGAAGAGAUCCUCAAAGAAGAUUGAACCCCUCAAUGAAAGAAGUUGUGAAAAAUGAAGUGCUAAAACUUCUGGAUGCAGACAUCAUUUAUCCAGUGCAUGAUAGAAAAUGGGUUAGUCCAACUCAAGUAGUGCCCAAAAAGUCGGUUGUAACUGUUGUUGAAAAUGAGCAAGGGGCCCUUGUCCCCACAAGAACUGUGACGGGUUGGCGCAUGUGCAUUGACUAUCGAAAGUUGAAUUCUGCCACCCGCAAAGAUCAUUUCCCCCUUCCAUUCAUUGACCAAAUCCUUGAACGUGUGGCUGGUCAUCCUUUCUAUUGCUUUGUUGAUGGCUAUUCAGCCACCUUCCAAAGGUGCAUGAUGAGUAUUUUCAGUGACAUGGUUGAAAAAUGUAUGGAAGUAUUCAUGGAUGAUUUAACAGUCUUUGGAAACUCUUUUGACGCAUGUCUUCUUAAUUUAGAAGCUGUUUUGACACGAUGUAUUGAGAAAGGUCUUGUACUCAAUUGGGAAAAAUGCCAUUUCAUGGUAUCUUCAGGCAUAGUCUUGAGACACAUUAUCUCUGAAAGAGGAAUUGAGGUUGAUCAGUCUAAGAUUGAUCUCAUUUCUAAUUUUCCCACUCCAAAAACUGUCAAAGAUUCACCUGAUUGGAAUUUGCCUUUUGAAAUCAUGUAUGAUGCCAGCAAUUUCGUUGUGGGAGCUGUUUUGGGACAACGAAGGGAGGGGAAACCUUUUGUUGUCUACUAUGCCAGUCGAGCUCUUAAUAGUGCCCAAAUGAACUAUUCUACUACUGGAAAAGAGAUGUUUCCCGUUGUCUUUGCUCUUGACAAUUUCAAAGGUGUUCAAAAUGUUGUUGCGGAUCACUUGUCCCAACUUGAAUUCAGUGAUUCCGCUAAUGGUCCACCUAUUCGUGAUGAUUUCCCCGAUGAACAACUGCUUGUUGUUACUAAGUUACCGUGGUAUGCACACAUUGCUAACUGCUUAGUAACAGGUGAACUUCCUUCUGAGUGGAGUUCACAAGACAGACUCAAGUUUCUAGUUGAGGUGCACAAUUUUUAUUGGGAUGAUCCAUACUUGUUAAAGUAUUGCCUCGACCAGAUCAUGCAGAGAUGCCUCCUUGAUGAUGAGGUGUCUAGUGUUCUGAAAUUUUUUCAUAAUGAUGCUUGUGGUGAUUUUAUGGGACCAUUUCCAUCUUCUUCUGGUUACAUUUACAUUCUCCUUGUUGUGGAUUAUGUUUCCAAAUGGGUCGAGGUUGUACCCUGUCAAACCAACGAUAAUGAAACAAUUACCAAGCUCUUGAAAGAGAAUAUUUUGUCAAGGUUCAGUACGCCUCGUGCCAUCAUUAGUGAUCAAGGCAUUCAUUUUCGCAAUAAGUCUUUUGAGGCUCUCAUGCGCAAAUAUGGUGUACUUCAUAAGGUUGUUAAUUCCUAUCAUCCACAAACCAAUGGGCAAGCAGAGUUAGCCAAUAGGGAGAUAAAACAAAUUCUUGAAAAAACGGCAUAUUGGGCUGUCAAAGCCCUUAAUUUUGAUCUUAGUGCUGCAGGCAUUAAUCGUAAACUCCAGCUGUCAAAAAUUGAGGAGUUGCGCAAUGAUGCAUAUGACAAUUCCAGGAUAUGCAAGGAAAAAAAUGAAAGGCAGUUUCAACUAUCGCCCCAUGGAUAUUGUCAUCUACCAGGUGUUCUCUUUCCUUAUCCUUUUCCUUAUGUAUGUGUUUUGACAUUGAGGUCACUGUCUGAUUUUCGGUUGGGGUGGUGA